UCGUUAAUACUUCAAUAUUACCCAACUAAAAUAGUUUUUCUUUCAUUGACCUUUUUUUUUUGGACAAUUCUCUUUCCUUGUCUUGAAGCAAACAAAAGAGAGAGAUUCACUGCGUGCUUCUUCUUCUGUCCGAAACUAGGAAAUGGGUUUCACUGUGUUUCUUGGAAGAGUCCUCUUUGCUUCAUUUUUCAUACUUUCUGCUUACCAAGAGUUUAAUGAAUUUGGGCUUAAUGGAGGACCAGCUAUGAAGACUCUCAAACCAAAGUUUGAUGUAUUCACUAACCAUGUGCACUCUCAUGUUGGCGUUCAAUUAUCGGAAAUUGAAAUCAAACAUGUACACUCUGCUGCUAUAGUUCUCAAGGGCGCUGGAGGCAUCCUUUUUAUCUUUGGCAGCACUCUUGGAGCCUAUCUCCUGCUUUUGCAUCAAUUAAUUGCUACUCCAAUACUGUAUGAUUUCUACAAUUAUGACGUUGAAGAGAAAGAAUUUAAUCAACUUUUCAUUAAAUUCACACAGAAUAUGGCACUUUUUGGGGCUCUACUCUUUUUCAUAGGGAUGAAGAACUCAAUUCCCAGGAGACAGCACAAGAAGAAGGUUCUCAAAACAAAAACUGUUUAGAAUCGAAUGGCUAUUGAUGGUAAGAGUUUCUCUUCAAUGAGGAGCUUAUUGGGGGUAAUUUUCUUUAUUUUUUCUUUUACAAAGUUUUUUUAUAUUGAAACUCAUUUUAUAAUUAAUCAGAUCCAAUUUGUAUGGAUAAGAGCCUUUUACUUUAAUUAUUGUAGGAACAGAAAAAGAAAACCUCAUGCAGUUUAUUUCUUCCCUUCAUUUCAUGGGGAUAAUAUUAAUUAUCAAUCUUCCAGUUCUUACAUCUUUCA